GAUGUAUAAAACACUACUAGAAAGUUGACUUUCAGCUACGGAUUUAGAGAGGGAUCUAUUCUGUAGCAAAAUUUUGGCUUAUAGAGAGGGAAUUACGAGAGAUCUGCGAGGGUUUAAACAAGUAUUUUAUUUAUUCAACAUAUAGCAUAUUAGAGAGGGUUUAGCGAGGGAUAAGUUACGGAUGUUACAAGUCUUUAUCGACGCGCCCUUAUUCCUCGGUAAUCGGUGGAAAACGAAGGCAUUUGGCGAGGGUUCAACGAGGGAAAAAAAAUCUUCGACUUGUUGCCAUCUGGUAUGUAUUUAGCGAGAGAACGCCGAGGGAGCAUACACACGCUAUGUUUUUUUAAUUGAAGAUCUCUCGCUAAAAUUGACGAAUCCAAGUCCAGUUUCACGAAGUUUGUAUGACGACACCAUGGACCAUUGCAGCUUCCGAUUCCCGCAGCCUAUUCUUCCUUAACUUCUGAUUCAGCUAGUCAUUAUGUCAACACGUAGUGAUAGAGAUUGGAUGUACAAAAGGUUAGAUCAUGGGUAUCUUAGCACAACAUAUCAUGCAUCCGUCAAAGGAUUUUUGGAUGUUGCUUUUUCUAAUGAAGCAACUGUUGAUGGGGAUUAUAUUAGAUGUCCUUGUUUUAAAUGCAAGAACAUGUAUUAUAAAACAAGAGGUGAUGUAGAGCUUCACUUGUUACAAAACGGUUUCACUCCUAAUUACACAACUUGGUGGGCACAUGGUGAAAGAAAUACAAUAUCUCAGCAUGAGGAAGAAUCUUCUAAUCCGAUGCAGGAUCCGAUGGAAGAUGAUGAUGAUGUUAAUGGGUGUACACAAAUGUUGAUGGAUGUAAUGGAGGAACUCCCGAAUCCAAAUGCCAAGGGGUUCUAUGAUAUGUUGGAAGACGCUGAUGAACCUUUGUGGGAUGGAUGUGAAAAUUAUUCAAAAUUACAAGCUGCAACAGAGUUGUUGCAUUGGAAGUCAGAAUACAAUAUAUCUGAGGCUGCUUAUGAUCACAUACUUCCUAUAAUUAAGCGGAUGCUACCCAAAGGUGAGAAACUAGUUGAGAACUUCUAUGAGACGAAGAAGCUUUUGAAAAUAAUUAGACUCCCAGAAAAAAAGAUCCAUGCUUGCAAAAACCAUUGCAUGAUAUUCUAUGGGGCAGAUUCUGAUUUGACUAAGUGUCGAGUGUGUGAUCAUGAUCGGUACAAGAGUGGCAAACUGCCUUAUUGGUUAUGAGGUACUUGCCGAUUGCUCCUAGACUCCAAAGGUUGUAUUUGACAAAAAAGACGGCAAAGCAAAUGACAUGGCACUAUGAACAUCAAACGGAACCGGGUUUGAUGGUCCAUCCAAGUGAUGGUGAGGCUUGGAAGCAUUUUGACUCAAUGCAUCAAGAAUUUUCAAGUGAACCACGAAAUGUUCGCCUUGGGCUAUGCACCGAUGGGUUCAGUCCAAAUAACUCAAAUACAACCCCGUAUUCAUGUUGGCCUGUUUUCCUUUCAAUUUAUAACUUGCCUCCUUGGAUGUGCUUAAAAGAACCAUAUGUUCAAUUAAGCAUAGUUAUUCCUGGAAAAAAGAGCCCAGGUCAAAAUAUAGAUGUGUUUCUCAGGCCACUAAUUGACGAGUUAAAGAUGCUAUAUACAGACGGUGUUGUCACUUAUGAUGCUUCGACUAAAUGUAAUUUCACAAUGAAAGCUAUACUUCUUUGGACAGUUAGUGACUUUCCUGCUUAUGCAAUGUUGUCGGGAUGGAGCACACAUGGCAAGUUAGCAUGUCCGUAUUGUAUGGGUGAGUCGGGGUCGUUUCGGUUACACCAUGGUAGUAAACCAUGUUGGUUUGACUGCCAUCGAAAAUUUUUACCUGAACAACACACAUAUCGGGGUGACAAAACAGGAUUUCUGGCUAAUAAGGUUGAGCGAUCUAGCCCCCCACCAAUAUUAACCGGUGAUCAGAUUUGGGAGCAAGUACGACACUUUCCAACUGUUUAUGAAGGCAAACCUUUUAGAGCGAAGAAUGCAAAAUUGCCUGGUUUCGGGAUUACUCAUAAUUGGGUUAAGAGGAGCAUCUUUUGGGAGCUACCAUAUUGGCGAAAGUUGUUAAUACGACACAACCUUGAUCCCAUGCACAUUGAGACAAAUGUGUUUGAAAAUCUUUUCAACACCGUGAUGGACACUCCGAAAAGCAAAGACAACAUGAAUGCAAGAAAAGAUAUAGAAAUGUAUUGCAAUCGAGUGCAAUGGCAUACAUGGAAGAAGGGAAAUAAGGAUAUGAAAAAUAGAGCAUCGUUUGCUUUGAGCAAAGAACAAGUAGCUAAAAUAUGCCAAUGGUUGAUUAAACUUAAAUUCCCGGACGGAUACGCCUCAAACUUGGGGGGGGGGGGUGCGUUAAUGUAGAUGAUAAUAGCUUUUACAAAUUCAAGAGUCACGAGUGCCAUGUAUUUCUUCAAAGAUUGUUGCCUAUUUCUCUAAGAGGUAUGGUGCCAAACUCAACAUGGGAUGCAAUUACAGAGUUGUGUACAUUCUUUCGUGUAAUAUGUUCAAGGGUGUUACGCGUAGAUGACUUACAACGCUUGCAAACUACUAUUGUUGAAACCAUUUGCAAGUUGGAAAAAAUAUUUCCACCUGGAUUCUUUGAUUCAAUGGAGCAUCUUGUUAUCCACUUAGCUCGAGAAGCUAUGCUUGGUGGUCCGGUUCAAUAUAGGUGGAUGUAUCUUUAUGAAAGGAAAUUGGGAUCAAUGAAAAGAAAAAUAAAAAACCAUGCGAAGGUUGAGGGGUCCAUUGUUGAGGCUUACAUGAUUGGAGAAAUAUCGACUUUUUGCUCACAAUACUUUUUGCCUACAAUUGAAACCCGGUUGAAUCGUGAGUCGCGUAAUUUUGCCCCAGACAUUCCUAGUUAUACCAUGGUCGACUCUCGAUUAAGCAUUUUCAAAGUUCCAUCUCGAAGAUUAUUCGAAAAAAGUGGUCAACGGAGACCUUUGACAGAUGAUGAGAUGCGUAUUGCUCAUAAUUACAUCUUGAUCAAUUGUGUUGAGGUUCUACCUUUUUUAAGGUUGUUUGAAAAUUAUGUGAUCCAAAGCCAACCUGAUAUGGAUGAUGGAGCAUUUGAAAGGUUUAGGGAUCAACAUUUUGCUAAGUGGUUUAAAGAUCAUGUUUUUCAACAAUCAAAUGAUAUCAAUCAACAUCUGAAAUGCCUUGCACGAGGACCAUUACGACAUGUUAGGUCCUAUAAAGGAUACUUUGUCAAUGGUUACAAGUUUCAUACUGAAAAAUAUGGUGAUGGACGGGUCACACACAAUAGUGGUGUAUGUGUAAGAGGUACUUGUUACAAUGAGACUGAGUGUGACUAUUAUGGGUUGUUGGAUGAGGUCUUGGAAGUAGAAUAUCAAGGCAUAGGGCGUUGUGUCGUAGUAUUGUUCAAGUGUACAUGGUUUAACCCUACUGAAGGGGUACGUGUGGAUCGAAAACAUAAUUUGGUUGAUAUUAAAUACAAAUCAAGGCUAAGAAAUGAAGAUUCGUUUAUCCUAGCGUCACAAGCAGAACAAGUGUAUUAUGCACCAUAUCCUGCAAUAAAGGAUUUGAAAGAUUGGUGGGUUGUCGUCAAGACGAAACCAAGGGGUGUAUAUGAUCUACGACAAUGUGUUACUGAAGAAGAUGAUGAUGAGGAUGAAGAGGACCAAUUCUUUCAAGAAAGUGAAGCGACUUUACCUUCUACAAGUAGCGGUGCAAAUGAGGUGGCAGGACCCCUUUCUCAUGUAAUUGAAGGAGAAAUAGAAGAAGUUAAUGACAAUGACAUUGAGAGAGAAGAGGAUGAAGAAGUUGAUGAUAACUUGGAUGAUUCAUCCGAAGAUGAUAUUGAAGAUGAAAACAUAUGUGAUGAUAAUUCUGAUGAUGAGUAAUUACUAAAAAUGUAGAAUGAAACAAUGUAUUUGGAACUAUAUAUUUUGCCUAAUGGACCUUAUAAAUAACUUUUUAGCUAAAAUGAUCGUUUUCUUUUUCUAUAUACAUUGCACUUUCAUUUAUUUGUAUAUUAUAGCAUGUUACCUUCUCUUACUUCUAUAAUUUUCUAUUAUAAUACAUACUUGUUCUAACCAAUAGUUUA